CGCACGUGUCUCGGCAACGCCACGGGUCUGCAUCUGGAUAUCAAGUAGCUGUGUCUGUUUCGGUUCUCGCUUCGCGCUGUGCUGCGCGUUUUGUGCGUGGCCAAAAGUUUUCAAAAAAAAAAUUAUAAAAAAAAAAUUAUUUAAAAAAAAAAUACAAGGAAUAUAAAUUGAAAAAUCUUGGAAUAUUGUUGCGCUCGCCUGCAGCUGACAUAAAAUUGAUGUGAUUUUUGUUGAUCAAACGAAGAUGAUAAAUGCAGCCCGCGUCUUGACUUUAAUUGAAAUCGUGUAAUCGCCGCAGACAGUUGCAAGCAAGGCGCUGCUUCAGUUUGCGGAUUUUGAUGAGCUACAGCAACUGGACAAAGCGACCAAUUUAAAUAUUGGAAAAUCGAAGAGAGACAAAAAGUAAUAUUAAUGAGGAGGCAGAGUUUGGGUCGUGGCAUGUUGACAGCGCACAGCUGAAGCACAACGAAACAGCCAGUGCCACAAAACCACACAACACGGAGCUUGAGCGCCAGGACGAGUUGUAACAGGAGUGGAGGCGGCUUCUGGGCAGUCCAGACCACGGGCGUAAUCAAGCGAACAGCCACCAGCCGGACGAUCAGCCGACCAAAAUUGACAACAUGGUCACGAACGUGUCGCAGCCGCAUUAUUGCGGCGCCAGCGUCGAUGAUUUUCACACAAACUAUAAAUAUAUUCAUGGCUACUUUUCGCUCAUCGUCUGCAUUUUGGGCACAUUGGCCAACACACUGAAUAUCAUCGUGCUGACACGUCGGGAGAUGCGUUCACCCACAAAUGCGAUACUCACGGGCCUGGCGGUGGCCGAUCUGGCGGUCAUGCUGGAGUAUAUACCCUAUACGGUGCACGAUUACAUACUCAGCGCGCGUUUGCCGCGGGAACAGCAGCUCAGCUACAGCUGGGCCUGCUUUAUCAAGUUUCACUCGAUUUUCGCACAGGUUCUGCACACCAUCUCAAUUUGGCUAACAGUUACGCUGGCCGUCUGGCGCUACAUAGCCGUCAGCUAUCCGCAGCGCAAUCGCAUCUGGUGCGGCAUGCGGACCACAACGAUAACCAUUGCCACAGCUUAUGUGGUUUGUGUGCUGGUGGUGUCGCCGUGGCUUUACCUGGUCAGCGCUAUAGCCAAGUUUAUGGAGACACUGGAUGCCGAUGGCAAGACGAUUAAGUCGGUGCCUUUAAGUCAAUAUAUUUUGGACUACAACAACGAGGAGCACAUCACGAUGCAGGUGCUGUCCAGCACCACACCGGACAUGGCCUGGCCAAUGGCCCCGGGCAGCAGCAACACCACAGCAGUCAAUUUGCUAGGUCCAUUCACAGAUCAGCCCACAACAGCAACAACAACAAGCACAGUCCUGUCCGACUUGGGCGAGCGCAAUGUGACGGUCUAUAAAUUAUACCACAGCGAACUGGCGCUUCACGAUCGCCCCCUGCGCAAUGCCACAUUUCUUAUAUACAGCGUGCUGAUCAAGCUGAUACCCUGCUUUGCCCUGACUGUGCUCUCAGUGCGGCUAAUUGGCGCUUUGCUAGAGGCGAAAAAGCGACGUAAGAUACUCGCCUGCCAUGCGGCCAACGAUAUGCAGCCUAUUGUCAAUGGCAAAGUGGUGACACCCAGCCAGCCCAAGAGCUGCAAGCUGCUGGAGAAGGAGAAGCAAACGGAUCGCACCACGCGAAUGCUGCUGGCGGUGCUGCUGCUGUUCCUUAUCACAGAAUUUCCACAGGGUAUUAUGGGUUUGCUGAACGCGCUGCUCGGCGAUGCGUUUCUCAUGCAGUGCUACCUAAAGCUGAGUGACCUAAUGGACAUCUUGGCACUUAUUAAUUCGAGCAUCAAUUUCAUACUCUACUGCUCGAUGAGUCGACAGUUCCGCAGCACGUUCACGCUGCUUUUCCGACCGCGCUGGCUCGACAAAUGGCUUCCGUUGUCGCAGCAUGAUGGCGAUGCCAGAGAUGGUGCCGGCGGUCGACUCGAUGGCUAUGGCAGACAGCGUCUGGUGCAUACGGAUGCUGUUAGCAAGAGCAUGGCCAUUGAUCUGGGUCUGACGACGCAAGUGACAAAUGUGUAG